GCCACUCAAUCAUAUCACAAAAAUAUGGAAACAGAAUUAGUUCAAGACAUUGUCAUUGUGGGAGCUGGAAUUGCUGGUGUCACUACAUCUUUAGGGCUUCACAGGUUGGGUAUUCGAAGUUUGGUGUUGGAAUCUUCAGAUAGUUUGAGAGUCACCGGCUUUUCUUUGUCGAUAUGGCAAAAUGCUUGGAAGGCUUUGGAUGCGGUCGGUGUUGGAGACAAACUCCGCCGCCACCAUCAACCACUCAAUGAGAUUGUCACCACUUCAUUGGUUACUGGGCAACAAAUAGUAGCCAUACCUUUCAGACCAACAGGAGAUCAGAAAGGUAUUGAAAUCCGUUGUGUUCAAAGGACAACAGUGUUGGAAGUCCUUGUGAAUGAACUUCCGAAAGACACCAUCAGAUAUUCAUCAAAAGUUGUUGGUAUCGAGGAAUCUGGCUUCUAUAAGAUACUCCAUCUCGCUGAUGGGACAACCAUAAAAACUAAGGUGUUGAUCGGGUGUGAUGGAGUGAACUCCAUGGUGGCAAAGUGGCUAGGCUUCAAGGAGGCCUCUUUUACUAGGAGAUUUGCAAUCAGGGGUUUUGCACAGUUCAAGACCCACCAUGGGUUGAAGCUUAGGUUCAUGCAGUUUUUUGGCAAUGGUAUUCGAGUUGGUGUUGUUCCUUGUAACGAGAAGCAGGUCCACUGGUUUUUCACUUGUAUACCCACCAACCAAGAGCUAAAAGAGCUGAAAGAGGACCGUGCCAAACUGAAACCAUAUGUGUUAAAAAACAUCGAGAACAUGCCAAGUGAUGUGAAAGCCUGCAUAGAAAUAACGGACGCAAAUGGUUUUCUAUCAUAUCCAUUGCGAUACAGACAACCCUGGGAUCUGAUGAUGGGGAAUAUCAGUAAGGGUAAUGUUUGUAUAGGUGGCGAUGCUCUUCACCCCAUGACUCCAGACCUUGGCCAGGGAGCGUGUUGCGCUUUGGAGGAUGGUGUUGUUUUGGCCAGAUGCUUGGCGGAGGCAUUUUCCGAAGAGAAAGAGGAAGAAGAGGUGCUUUAUAAGAAGAUUGAGGAAAGCCUGAAGAAAUAUGCGAAAGAAAGAAGAUGGAGAAGCGUUGAUGUCACCACUACAGCUUACAUGUUGGGAUCCAUUCAGCAGGCUGAGUCCAGAUUGGUCACUUUUUUUAGGGAAAACAUCUUGGCUACAUUCAUGGCUAGUCAAUAUCUUAAGAAGUCAGGUUAUGAUUGUGGAAAAUUAAAUAGUCCCUAGCCAACACAGUUAUUAUGUGAAAUGAUCGGUCCUGGGGAAGUAAUUUACUAAAUAAUGCAAUAUUGUUUGAGACAUAAUGUCAUAUAUAUAUGACUUAAAUAAAUUUCGAGUUCCUGAUGCAUGCACUUUAAAUUAAAUUGAGUUACGAAUAAAUUUGUAUUGUCGAUUUACUAUCCAAUAAAAUUAUAUUUUUUAAUUGAGUUA